UGGGUGACAGCCACCGACCUGCUGAUCUCUCUGGAUAGGCUCAACACUUUUGGAGACGAGUUCUUCAAGGACGCCAAGGUGCUGCGAUCCUACUUCUACGCCAUCUCUGAUUUCUCUGUGGGAGCCAGGUAACACACACCUGACAUCUGAUUGGUCCUCAGAGGCCUUUGUCUGUAAUCGUGGAUACUCCCUCCAAAAACUUCAAAGAGAGACAAAACGAUCACGCCUUUCCUUCACUCUUCUCUACUUCUUUCUCUUUCUCAAUCCACCGGGGAUUGUGGUCACUGCUGGAGCUCGACAUUAGCCAAAAAGCCUAGGAGGGAGGGAGGGAGGGAGAGAGAGAGAGAGGAUGUUUGCUGUGUAGUUUUGAUUUAUCUUUGUUUUGUUUGCUCCUUUCUCAGACAGACUCAACUAUGAAACAACAACCCAGCUUGGAAUAGUGGCCCAUUUGAUAGAUAAUAAAACACACAUGGCGAACAUUUCCUCCCUCUCUGUAUCCUGUUUACAUGAUGAACAGUCUCAGCGCAAGCCCUGCAUGGUCCAGGACAGGAGAUUGUUACAUAGAAACAUAGCCUCUGUCCCUGUCUCUUUUCUGUCUCUGUUCCUCUGGUCCCUAGACCUGGGUUCAAAUACUAUUUGAAAUAAUUCCAAAACUGAAAACCCGGCCCCAUGUCUGCUGGUCCCUGGGCUUAUUACUCACAGUAAUGAGAAGGAACAACAAAAAGAGGGCAGAACAGACAGGAUGUCAAUAGGCACGGCAGGAUAACAUGGACGUUAUUAAGUAAUUGAAAUGAAGCCUUCACCCACUGCUUCAACAGGAUCUGACACCUGUCAUAAGUGGUUAUGAUCACAGCGAGGCGUGACAAUCUGACAAAUGACCCAACAAUGUCACCAUGACACCUGAGGGAACGGCGAGGGGCAAUCUGACCACUUGUUUGGUUAGCGUAGUAUACUUAGCUUAGCUCAUUGGAUUGGCCAUAGCAGUGCUAGCACUUGGCCAAUUCUCACACUAAAUGAAUGGACACAAUAAGUGCCAGGGUACGUCAAUGUGUUGGCUUUAAUGUUCAGCUAGUGGAAUAUAAUAACUCAAAAUAGUAAAAAGAAAUGAUCCAGAACUGAUGGAGUACUGAGCUGCUAUUUGAUCUAUAUCUGUGCCAUAUUCAUUAUUGUGGUUGUCAAGUUUUCCUCAGUCUGCUAAUAGAGACAUCUGAUUUGGUGGUUGGGGGCACUUUUCACUUCCUGGCUCACAACUUCCUUGUCACAACAACAACAACAACAACAGAAACAGAAAUAACUGAUUCGGAGCCGUUAGCAUAACGAGUCUGGAUCUGGGACAGCUGGCUAAAUCUGACAGGGACAGGCACAGUGUUGAGCUCCCCUCUCCCUCCACAGAACCAAUAACAGAGAAUGAGUUCCAAAUGGCACCCUACUCCCUAAUUCAUGCAUUACGUUUUACCAGGACCCAUAGCGCUCUAGUCAAAAGUAUUGCACUAUAUGAUAGGGAAUAGGGUUGCCAUUCAGGACGCAGAUAAGCACUCAACAGAACCAAUGAAAGAGUGUACAUAAUAAGGAGAAUCAGACACUAUCAUCCUCGCUGUGUCACAAUAAAGAUAUGGCCUGAGAUAACAGCUAUUAGCAAUACAUUCCCGAUCAUUAAAUUACCAUGGAUAAAUUGUGUCUUCUAGUCACAGGAAAUUGUAUUUUCUCGAUUGGUUGGAAAGGAGAGGUAUAACUUGAUGUGUAGUUGUUUAUGCUUAGGGACAGCUUGUGCAGAUGAGAGUUGAACACACAGGGGAGUUGAGCAGUGCAGAGCAGUAGCCACUGAAGGGGAUAAAAUCUCCACCUUAUCCCAGGCGAUGUAUCUGUAACUGAGGGUAAUGGGAAGUGACAAGUCCUCACAGUGAAAAAACCUUCUCAUUUUAAACCUAUUCUCCACCACUCUGUCCUAUUCUCUAUUAAUUUCCCUCAGUGUAUAUGUGUGGGCGUGCGAGCAAGCGAGCGUGCAUAAAUGCGUGCGUGUGUCCUCUGCAUGCAUGUGUGUGCAUGCGUAUGAGUGUGUGUCCAUACAAGUGUGUGUAUAUUUGUAAAUGUGUCUGCGUGCACACACACCUCUCCAUCUUUAUCCCGCAGGUGUAAGUGUAAUGGCCAUGGCAGUGAGUGUGUGUUGGACGAGCAGGGGGCUCUGGUGUGUGACUGCCAGCAUCACACAGCUGGGGUGGACUGCCAGAAGUGUCAUCCGUUCUAUCAGGACAGGCCAUGGGCAAGGGCCACCGGAGACUCUGCCAACCAGUGUAUG